AUGCGCUGGCACGUCAGGCAACGCGACCAGACGCGCAUCGUGGUGGGACCGGGCCGAUUUCGCGCGCUUCCGCAGCUGCGCUGCCCAGACUUCCUGGCCGUCGUCGUGUGCAGCGCCGUCGACCACUUCGAGCAGCGCGCUGCUGUGCGUGACACGUGGGCACGGGACGCCGCGUCCGGGAGGUCCGGCGUCUUCUUCCUCAUCGGCUUCGCCGACAACACGCCGAGUGGAGUGAUCGUGCAAGAGAGUGUAGCCAACGAGAUCGCCCGCUACGGUGACAUCAUACAAGCCGACUUUCGCGACACGUACCGCAACUUGACGCUCAAGUCUGUAUUCCUGCUCAAGUGGGCCUUCAUGUACUGCUCGCGCGCCCAAUUCCUAUUGAAAACAGACGACGAUGUUUUCGUCAACGUUCCCAACAUGGUGCGCUUGCUAACGGAAAUUAAACGUACGAAGCACCAAACAGGCUGGGUCACGUGGUCACGCAGGCCCUUCGUGAUCAGUAACAUGCGGCGCAACAGCACUGCCGAGCGCUCCUUGGGACACAAAAACUACCUUCCGCUAUCGGUGUUCUCCAAGGAUGACCUGCCCCUGUACGGUUCCGGCACCGCCUACGCAUUGUCGCACGACGCCGUGCGACCCCUGUUCACGGAGGCCCUGCUUACACCGUUCCUGUACGUCGAAGACAUCUUCAUCACUGGCCUCGUGGCCCAGAAGGUGGGCCUCGACAAGAUCCACUCUAAGUGCUUUGUGUGUUGCCGGCCAAUCCAGAAUGUGUGCGAAUACCGGUCCCUGGUCACGGCACACUUGCCUAAACCGGAGUACAUGAGGGACGUGUGGAGCUUUGUGCGAAAUUCCAGCGCCGUGUGCCCCAGUCCCAGUGAACGGACUCCGUGCUGGCCAUAUGAGCGGUCCGCACACGUCUUCUUGGCACAGUAGCGGCGAAAUAGGGACGACGGUUAAACACGACUAUAAACAAUCGUAUGCUAUGUGCUCGGGUUAUCGAGCCAUCCUCCGAAGUAACGCAAUGCUUUUAGCGUAUAAAGAAAACUGUAA